CACGCGACUCAUCGCUAAUUAAUGGCUCAUUAACGCUCGGUGCCCGUUACUGAGGCGCUGAGGCCGCUCCCCGCCAUCCGCGGCGGGGGCGCAUGCGCAGCGGGACCGGCGCCCACCUGACCGUGGCACGGGGGCCCCAAGAUGGCCGCGCCCAUGCGGGGCUAGGCCCUUGCGGGGACCUGAGCCCGGUUCCCUUUCCCCUAGGGCCGUGCUGGGCAAGGCCGGGCCGGGCGGUGCUGCCCCGUGCCGGGUUGUGCCGCCGCCCCCCGCAUAUGGAGCCGCGGGAGUCGUGGGCGGCCCUGGCGGCUGGCGGAGUUGCUGGUGUCUGUGUCGACUUGAUCCUUUUUCCUCUGGACACUGUCAAAACCAGACUGCAAAGUCCCCAAGGAUUUUGGAAGGCUGGUGGCUUUCGUGGCAUCUAUGCUGGUGUUCCCUCCACUGCUAUAGGAUCCUUUCCAAAUGCAUAUGACUCAAAACUGAAAUUAUCGUUAGGAGAAGAAGUAACCCUUAAGGUCACCUGUCCAAUUCAACUGGGACAGAACAGUAUCAUUUCUACCUUCCCCUCCACAGCUGCUGCGUUUUUUAUCACCUAUGAGAAUGUGAAAUCUGUGCUGCCCCAUGGCUCUGCAUCAUACUUGACUCCAGUAACACACAUGGUGGCUGCCUCCUUUGGGGAAGUGGUUGCGUGCCUCAUAAGGGUUCCAUCUGAAGUUGUCAAGCAAAGGGCCCAAGUUUCACCUUCUGCAAGUACCUUUCGGAUUCUUUCCCACACCUUGUACCAUGAGGGUAUUCAAGGACUUUAUCGGGGUUAUAAAAGCACGGUAUUAAGAGAGGUCAGGCACUUCUGGCCUCAGCUGUCGUUGACUGGAAGAAGAAUAAAGCUCUCGGUGCCUCUGCAAAGCACUGCAGCAGUCUGUUCCCUGAUGUUAUGAUACGUGUCACAUGCUGCAGAGAGACAAUAUCAAUAUGCCUGCUGGAUAAACGCUCUCUGGAUAAACUCGGAUGUUAUUUUGUCUCCUCACUGUGCUUUUUAUGAUCCCCAUCUCUCAGAUUGAUGUGAAUACGUAAAAUAUGACCUGCUUUAAAAAAAAAAAAAGUGUCUAACUGUAAUGACCAAGGAAAAAAAUGCCUGAGAAGUGAGCAGAAUCCUAUGGUGAAGUUUCAAACACCAGCCAACAGAAGAGUCCUGAUAUAUUUGUUUUCAUUCCUGUACUUUUCAGAGCCUGUUUCAUGAUGGUUGACGCUCGAUUCAGGAUUUUAGGAGGGCGCUUGAAUAAGGCAGUGUGAUUUGUGCAGUUUAGGAGGCUGGGGAACUACAGUGGCUUCUGUGCCUGGUGCCUGAGAGCAAACUCACCCUGUCUAGAUGUUUGGGAUGCCUGUGAGACAAAACAAAGGAGAGAAAACAAUAACAGUUUGGGUAAGGAAGAAAUACUUAAAAAUAAAUGUUUGGGAUGGGCAAACCAAGGGGAGAGAAUUCUUCCUGAGAUACUGCAGGGCUGCGUCUUGUUCAAAGCAGUGAAAAGCAAGGUGCAACAGAUCCGUAGUCCUGUGUUUUCCUCUGACACCUGAGUCAAUGUGCUGCACAGAUCCACACAUCAGGUGAACAGAAAUUGUGCAGUGAGAAUUUAUCCGGCCACUAACUUAACCUCUGACUGACCCCAGCAGUGGUACAGCGUUACAAAUGUAGUCUUCAAGGAAGGAUGAACAAAUUUCUUAAGCCAUUGGGCACAAACAAAACACUCAGAUUCAGUCAAGAAUCCGUCCUCGUCCCAUUCUUCCCUCACCCCUAAUGCCCUGGGAUGUAUUUAUUGCGGCCAGUGCUAGGAAAACUCAAUCUGCCUAUUUGUGUCUUCUGCUCAGAGCGACUAGAAGUACCUUUCCUUUUCCAGUUUUGUCCAACUCGUCUUCAGUUCUGUGUCCUUUAAAAGAUUUCCAGACCACCAAGUGUGAAGGCUCUCGGCUCAGCGCAUGAAUAUCCGUGGUUUGACAACCUAGCCCCUUUUCUUAAUGCAC